AUGAAGGUAGAUGAGUUGAUUAUAGAUGGAUUCAAGUCAUAUGCGACUCGUACUGUGAUAUCAGGCUGGGAUGCUUCAUUUAAUGCCAUAACUGGGCUCAAUGGGUCGGGAAAAUCCAAUAUUCUUGAUGCUAUAUGUUUUGUUUUGGGUAUAUCUUCGAUGCAAACAGUUCGGGCAUCCAAUUUGCAAGAUUUGAUCUAUAAGAGAGGGCAAGCCGGUGUCACCAAGGCAAGUGUUACUAUUGUUUUUAAUAAUUCCGAGAUAUCGAAAUCCCCCAUUGGGUUUGAAAAUUGUCCUACAAUAAGUGUCACUAGGCAAAUCAUUUUAGGAGGCACAUCUAAAUAUUUGAUCAAUGGUCAUAAAGCGCAACAGCAAACAGUGCUAAGCCUAUUCCAAUCUGUACAGUUGAAUAUCAAUAAUCCCAAUUUCUUGAUUAUGCAGGGUAAAAUUACCAAGGUUUUGAAUAUGAGAGCCAGUGAAAUCUUGUCACUUAUUGAAGAAGCUGCAGGCACGAGGACGUUUGAAGAAAAGAAAGUUAAGGCUAAGAAAAUCAUGCUCAAAAAGGAUUCCAAACUUGCUGAGAUCAAGAGUCUUUUGACAGAAGAAAUAGAGCCCAAAUUUGAAAAGUUUCGAAAUGACAAGAGAAUUUUUUUCGAGUUUCAACAAACACAAAUUGAUUUGGAAAAGCAAACUAGAAUGAAGGUUGCUUUUGAAUAUAGUAAGUUGUCUAAUUUGCUCACCAACAACUCUGAACACACAACUAAACACGAAAAAAAACUUGCAGAACUUCAUUUCGAAGUAGACAAGGUUACUCAUGAAAUUGAUAAUUUGAAUGAAGAUUUGGCACAAGUCAAAAUAGCAAGAGAAGAAAACUUGAAAAAAGACGGUAAACUAGGCGAAUUGGAACAAAGAGAAAAUAGGCUAGCGAACGAACUUGCACGAUUGGUGACCCAAAGAGGUUUAACAAGCGAGGAGUUACAAAAUGAAACCAAUAAGAUUGAACUGUUGAGCAAGAAAAAAGGGCAACUUAAAUCAUCAAUAUCGGAAAAUGGAGAUUCAUUUAAAAACAAUGAGGAUAAAGUUUUAAAGGCAAAGGAGGAAUUGGCUAUCUUAAAAGAGCAGUUUGAAAAGAAGGAGGAAUUAUUGGCUGGUUUAAGCACUGGUUUGUCAGUUAAGGGAAACGCCUCUACCGGCUAUACAGCUCAACUUUCGGAAGUGAAAAAUAAACUAAGUGCAUCCAAGAAUUUGAUAGGACAACACAAUUUGAAGAUCCACCAUCUUGAGCAAGAAUUGGCUAGUGACAAGUCGAAAUUGGAGCACGCAAAACAAGAGCACGAGACUUUUAUGGCAAACAUGAAGAGACUCAAGGAGAUCAUUACUUUGAAGCAGCAAGAAUUGGACGAGGUGAUGAACUCAACAAUAAGUAAUCCCGAUGAGUUUCGAAAGCGAGAAGAAAGACUACAUUAUGAGCAAGAAAAGCUUUUGAAUAACUUAAAUUACAUGAAAAAUAAUCUUCGAGGUCUUGAUUUCCAUUACGAACGUCCAUACAAGGACUUUGAUGAUAGAUUAGUGCGAGGAGUAGUUGCGCAGCUUUUUGAUUUACCAGAAUCAUCCUAUGACAAGGCAAUUGCUUUGCAGACGUGUGCAGGAGGCCGACUAUUUAACGUCGUGGUGGAUACUAGUGAGAUUGCUUCGCAAUUGUUGGAACGCGGAAGGUUGAGAAAAAGAGUAACAAUGAUACCUCUCGAUAAGAUAAAUCCAGCAGUUUUGGGCACGGCGGUAGUGGAGUAUGCUGAACAAGUUGCACCUGGAAAAGUGCAACUUGCGUUGAAUUUGAUUCAUUAUGAAAAAGAUAUUCGCAAAGCCAUGGAGUAUGCUUUUGGCACAACGUUUAUUUGCGCCGAUCCCGACACGGCGAAAGCUAUAACAUUUGAUCCGAACAUUAGAGCACGUUCAAUUACUAUUGAAGGUGACACGUAUGAGCCUGAGGGAAAUAUUUCAGGUGGAUCACGCCGGAACAAUACACCGCUUCUUUUAGCUUUAAAGGAUUACAACAUAGCGGUAAAGGAACUCAGGGAUGUUGAAGAUGAAAUGUGCAAUGUGAACAGUAAAUUGGCAGAAUGGGAAAAAGUUAAACAAGCCACUAGCGGAUUGAGGAACGAGAUACAAAUGAAGAAGCAUGAGUUGGCUUUGCUUGAACGAAAACUUCAAACCAAUCAGUCUGCUUCUUUGAUUAGAAUGAAUGAGCUGAAACUCAAUGAGAUCGAAGAGCUUAAAAAGGAGAUAAUCAAACACGAAGAUCAGUGCAAACAAUUUCAAAACGAAAUCAUUGUGAUUGAAAAAGAUUUGAAAGAGUUCAAUAGUGAUAAAACUUCAAAAUUGGGUAGUUUGAAAAAGGAAGUUGAAGAAUUGAAAAAAGAAUUAGACAAGAAGCAGAAAAAAUUGGCUUUUGAUGUAGAAAACUUCCAAGUGUUACAGUGGGAGGCAGAUCAGCGAGCGUCUGAGCUCAAGGAAGUUUCUCUGGAGUUGGUGACUACUGAAAAACUAAUAGGUGAGCUUCAAAAGAAGGAUCAAGAGGAUGUCGAGAGACAAGAAAGUCUCGAACGAGAACUUGAUAUUGUGAAAUCGCAAGUCGAAGACGAGAAGAACAGCCUAGCUGGGUUGGAUGAAGAGAUGAACGAGUUGAUGAAGCUUGUUGCAUCAAAAACUAAAAGAAUAGACAAUCUUCAAGUCAAAAUCAAAACCACAACUUUUGAGUUGGAAAAGACGCGAAAUGCAACUACAUCUAUCAAGGAAAGAUUGGAUCAAAUAAUCAGUGAGAAUGAAUGGGUAAUGGAUACUCGGGCAGUUGAAAAAACAAUGGAACAGUAUCCCGAUUUCAAUCUCGAGGAAGCGCAAAGUCAAAUAGCCAGACUCAACGAGAAGUAUCAAAGUAUGAGAAGAAAAGUCAAUGUUAACAUAAUGAGUAUGAUUGAGGAAAACGAAAGGAGGGAAGCUUCAUUGAAGCUCAAAAUCAAAACGAUUGAAAAGGAUAAAAAGAAGAUUGAAACAACGAUUGAUAAAUUGAAUGGUGAAAUCAGACGAGCGUUAAAUGGAACUUAUCAAAAAGUGUCUAAAGAUUUUGGUCAAAUUUUUUCCGAUUUGCUUCCUGGUUCUUUUGCCAAAUUAGUUCCUGUUAAUAUGAUGGAUGUUACUCAAGGUUUAGAAGUAAAAGUUAAACUAGGAAGUGUGUGGAAAAACAGUCUUGUUGAGCUAUCGGGAGGUCAAAGAUCAUUGAUUGCUCUUUCUUUAAUUAUGGCAUUGUUGCAGUUUAACCCUGCACCGAUGUAUAUAUUGGAUGAAGUUGACGCAGCGUUGGAUCUUUCACAUACUCAAAAUAUUGGACACUUGAUUAAAACAAGGUUCAAGGGAUCUCAGUUUAUUGUCGUUUCGUUGAAGGAAGGAAUGUUUACCAAUGCAAAUAGAAUCUUUAGGACCCGUUUUCAAGAUGGUACUUCGGUUGUGUCAGUUAUGUAA